AUGGGGCGGCUCGAAUUCGCAUACGCAUCAGCAGCAUUAUUGUUCGUUUUAGCUCUGAUGACACCCAAGAUAGAGGCGCAAGCAUGGUCAUACCCUCCAAAACCCCUUUGUUCUUCACAGUUUGCGCUUGCAAGCUACGCUUGUGCAAGGCUGCCUCUCAACCUGGAGCCCCUCCCAAUUUCUCCGCCUCCUUCGCCCCACGUGGAAGAAGGUCACAGGCAUGGGCACGAGCAUGGGCAUGGACAUCACCGUGGGCAUCACCAUGGGCACCACCACCGCAACCGCUCGCCCAUCGAAGAGGAAUGUUGCCGAUGGGCGAGGCAAGUGGAUAACGAAUGCGUGUGCGAUGCAUUAGCUCAUUUGGCUAACUUCAUGGUGCGUCCCUCGCAUGUGUUUACCGUGGCCAUAACAGAAGACUGCAUUGUCACUUACUCGUGCAUUGGACGAAUUAAGAUUUGA